AUGUAUCAUAGAAAGGAUUAUUACGCUGAAGAGAUGGGCUUAACUCCCUUGUCUAAGGAAGGGGGUUACUUCAAGCAAACCUUUCGAUCACCUCAAACAAUUUCUACACCAGAUCGAGAGGGUGGGGAGCGGAAUUUAUUCACCACAAUUUACUACAUGAUUUCACCAGAACUGGGUGGCAAAAACUAUCUACACAGAAACAAGAGCGACAACGUGCAUUACUUUCACGACGGAUGGCCAGCAAAGUACAUCCUUGUUUCGCCAAAAGGUCAUGUUGAGGAAUAUGUAUUGGGUCGCAAUACUUCAAAAGGGCACGUACCACAGCUUCGGGUCCCCGGUGGGUUUCUAAAGGCUGGUAAAAUCUUAGAGGAAGAAGAAUCAGCCACGUUUCCAGGUGAAACACCGUUUACUUUAAUUUCAGAGCAAGUUUCUCCUGGCUUUGACUACAGGGAUCGACACGUCCCUACCCCCUCAGAAGUCAAAACUGUGUUCCCUGAAUUGUGGCAUAAAUUAGAAGAGUAUAUUGCACCGGAGUGA